AUGCCCGUCAAUGCGGUUGCCGAAAAUGUGCUCGGCACGAUAGGGACCAUCCUAUGGUCGUUCCAGCUGGUCCCGCAAAUCAUCAAGUCGUAUCGGAGUAAAGACACGGACGGUCUCUCGGCAUGGCUCUUUCUCAUCUGGGUCGCCGGCUCUAUCCCGCAAGGCACCUACCUCGUGGUGGAGAACAUCAACAUCCCGCUCAUCAUCCAGCCGCAGCUCUUUUCAACCUUUGCGAUCAUCGCCAUGGCCCAAUGCUGGCGAUAUUCGCACGGCAUUUCAGCCCGAAAAUGCACCGUCGGAGCGAUAGCAAGUGGUGCACUGGCGGGAGGGUUCGAGGUGGCCUUCUACUUCCUGUGCAAGCUCGGCGAGAGGAGAGGCACAUCCGCGGCGACAAAGACGAUGGGUAUCGUAGGAGCCGUGCUGAUCGUCGUCGGGUUAGUGCCGCAGUACUACGAGAUCUGGCGGUUGAAGGAGGUGAGGGGAAUCAGUCUGCUAUUCCUGGCGAUCGACUGCUCGGGUGGGGUGUUCAGUCUGUUGAGCCUGGUAUUCAAGGAGAGCUUUGAUGGGAUCGCUGCUGCAAACUACAUCGGAAUCGUCGUGCUCGAACUGGGCAUCUUUGCCUGCUACCUCAUUCUCAAUCCAAGAGCGGAACGACGGCGGCUGCGCGAGCAAGAGCAGCAACCAUCGUCGGACAGCGCAUCACAAUCCGCACCAACAUCAGACAUGCAAGACAUUGAACAAGCUCGCAUCACACCUGGUGCGGAAAGCACCACCCCAGAGUGGUCUCGUCAAACGACGCUGGACGAAAAGUCGACAGCCGCGCCCACACCCGCCGACAGCCGGCCCAAAAGCACCAUUCAAGAAGCAUGA